AUGCAAGAAAAAUCAAGAGUGUUCAAAUGGGACAUAAACGAUUUUAAAGAAAAAUCAUUUAAAAAACCAACUUUAAACUUAACAUGGGAUUAUAAGUUCAAUCCUCACUAUGACGAAAUUUUAAUUAAUGAAAAUAUAGAAUGGUUGAAAGGAACAAAAUUAUUUUCUAACGAGUCAGACUAUGAAAAGUUUAUUUCAUUAAAAACUAGUUAUAUGAAUGCCUAUUUAUACUCCCAUGGUAAUAGAGAAGUAUUUAGAUAUAUUAAUAGAUUGAAUGAAUAUAUUUAUAUUAUUGAUGAUCUUUAUCUAGAAGAUAGUGUAUAUGGCCAAGAAUGGGUAAAUCAAUUGUUUGAUAGAAAUUCUAAACUCUUUAAAGAGGACCAUGGUUCUUCAUUUUUGUGGCAAAUAUUUGAUGAUAUCAGGUCAGCAGGAAACUCAGAGGCCACUGAUUAUCUAAUUAAAAAAACAAAAGAAUGGAUGGAUUCAGUAAUAUUAUUCAAUAGCAAAGAAGUUCACUCAAACUAUACCUUUGAAGAGUAUUCAAGUUAUCGUGGUGUAGAGGUUGGAAUGAUUUUUGCAUUAGCUUGUACCAAGGUCCAUUUACCACCAUUAUGUGAUGAAAUUGAAAAUCAUCCUCUCUACAUAGAAUUGCUUGGGAAAUACUUUAAUUCAAUCCAGGUAUUAAUCAAUGAUAUUCAUUCAUUCAACAAAGAAAUAAAAUCUUCAAGAUUAGGAAACUAUGUAAAGAUAGCAGCAUAUCAAUUAGGUUCAAUACAAUCAGCAAUGGAUCAUUCACAAAAAAUAUGCAAUGAUUAUAUUGAAGCUAUGGAAGAAAAAUGUUUAGAGCUAGAGAGUAUUUUCCCAAAUAACAAAGAUCUAGAAACCCAUCUUUAUCUUAUUAAAACAAUCAUUGCCGGUAACUACUAUGGUUCAAAAGAUCCAAAUUAUCCUCGUUAUAAUGGCACUGUUUGUGAAGCUGAUUAUAAAUAA